AUGGGAGCAAUGCAAAUCAAAGAGCGAAUUCGCUUGUCAAAAAGCAAAAACAUCCAUGUCAAAAAUGCCUCAAAACUAAAUCAAAAGCGCAGAAGCGUUAUAAUAAAUCAGCCAUCAAACACAGAUAGGGAGCCAAAAUUGCUUAUACUAGAGAACAAUGCAGGCAUAAGAUGCAAAUCCUCAGCUGAUAUAUUAAGAACAGAACCUAAACCUAGCGCCAUCUUUAUAAACGAUCCAGUUUCAAACCCAAUUGAUUCAAAUUACACUGGGAACUAUGAACAAACAAUAAAAUUAUCCAAUGCUAGAAGGAAAAGUGCUUCUAAUCCCGUGUCUUCUGAUUUUUUUCAAAAGAUUGACAGAAAUAACAAUAGAAAGCCAACAAUUUUAGGAAAAGAAGAACUUAUUUAUAUUCAAAAUGGAAGCAUUAAAAGCCCAAAGUUAGAUCAUCAGUUUGUAUCUACAUCGACGUUUAAAUUAUUUUCACCGACCGCAAACGAUAAAAAGACCAUUGAGCCAAAACAAAAAUUAGAAGAAAAAAUUGUCCAAUCACAUAGAAGGGUCUUUAGUGAUGGGAACGCUGAAAAUUUAUUAUUUAACAAUAAUGAAGGAAGACUUGUAAAGAAUUUUGUACCAAAAAUUCCAAAUGGUCUAAAAAAAAAAAAGAGAAAAACCUUUCAUAUACCAAAAACUACAGAUAUUCAUAUAAAGCUUAAAGCUUGUUAUAAUAAAGAGCAUACCCAGGAAGAGGAAAAUUUUAAAUUAAUCCAAGCUUUAAAUUUAAAAAAUAAAGCAGAAAAUGAAUGAACAUGAAGAGGAAAGCAUGGGCUGUUAAAUAGUUUAAAUUCUUAG